GUGUUUGACUAUCAAAUAGCACUCGCACAUUCACAGAGCCGAGUCGACGGCGGCAGGGAUCAGGAUCACACUACACCACAGCGGCCUGAUGAAACAUGAACUGGGGGUUCCUGGAGAAUGUGCUGAGCGGGGUCAACAAGCACUCGACGGUGGUGGGCCGGGUGUGGCUCUCCAUCCUCUUCGUGUUCCGCAUCCUGGUGUUCGUGGCCGCCGCCGAGCAGGUGUGGAAGGACGAGUUCAAGGACUUCGUGUGCAACACGCAGCAGCCGGGCUGCGAGCAGGUGUGCUUCGACCACUUCUUCCCCAUCUCGCAGGUGCGGCUGUGGGCCCUGCAGCUGAUCAUGGUGUCCACGCCGUCGCUGCUCGUGGCGCUGCACGUGGCCUACAGGGAGCACCGAGAGAGCAAGCACAAGAGGAGGCUGUACCGGGACAAAGGCAGCAUCGACGGAGGCCUGCUCUUCACCUACAUCAUGAGUCUGGUCCUCAAAACGACCUUUGAGGUGGCCACUCUGCUGGCCUUCUACUGGCUGUACAGCGGCUUCCACGUGCCCCGGCGGCUCCAGUGUGAGGAGAGCCCCUGCCCCAACACCGUCGACUGCUACAUCGCCAAGGCCACGGAGAAGAAGAUCUUCCUCUACAUCAUGGGCUGCACCUCCAUACUGUGCAUUGUGCUGAAUGUGGUGGAGAUGGUGUACAUCGUGUCCAAGACGUGCUGGAAGUGCUUCAGCAAGAGGUACGCCCCGGUGCGGGGGGUGCGGCCUCCCUCCACGCUCACGCUCGGCUCGCCACAGCUUCUGUCCGUGUCCAAGGAGGACGGCCUUCACCCGGCGCCGGCCCGGCCGGACAGCCUCACGCUCGCUGCGGCCUGAACACUGCGGCCGAUGCUCAUGCAGGACAAACCUGUGCUUCUCCACUGACGCCUCAAAUGCAAAUAACUUACCAGUCAUGAGCAGCAUGAGAAUGCACUAUUAAAGGGGAAGAGUGAGCACUUCCCAUCUUUUGUUGUAUUGUAUACAUUGCGUGUCAUUUGAGUAGAAUCUAUGCAAAUUAGACUAACGU